AUAACCAUUUUAUCCUUUUUUUUGUUGUUGUUGUUGGAUUUUCAGGUUUGGUUUCAAAAUCGACGAGCUAAAUGGCGGAAAAAGGAGCACACCAAGAAGGGUCCAGGUCGACCAGCUCACAACGCUCACCCGCAGACCUGUUCGGGUGAUCCAAUACCUCCAGAUGAAAUUGUCAAGCGAGAUCGAGACAAGCGGGAAAAGAAGAUGAGAAAACAAUUAGAGCGUCAAGCUAAACGAUUACAACAAUCUAAAUUAAAGCCUGGUGUAAACACGGCCUCACUUACCGAAGGUAUUAUUCAAUCACUUGUCGAGUUGCGGUCACUUAAUAAUCGUAAAGAACCACGAGAUUUGGUGGGUGGGGAAAUUUUCGGCCUACUAAAUGAUGUGCUCAAUGUUGAUGUUUGUGAAAUCAUGAGAAAACCACCAAUGAUUAGUAAUCAUCAUCAUCACCAUCAUUCUCAUCAUCAUCACUCAUCUCUUUCACCAAAUUCAUCCUCAUCAUCGGUUUCAAUGUCACCCUCAUCAUCUUCAUCAACCACACCUUCAGGUUCACUUUCAGCGACAACAAUAACAACGAUAACACCUUCAUCAUCUUCAAUUUCAUCCGCUUUCCACUCCAAACAACAAUCAACACCAAAUCCCACCAAUGCAUCCUCACGAUCAAAUGUUCAACUUAUUGGUCUCGGAGGUAACGGUACUAGUGGCAGUGGUAAUGGCGGUUCCAAUGGCGGUGGAGGUUCAGGUUCCUUUUCACCUCUUGCAAAUGCUCAAUUUUCAUCAUUAUUAUCAUCUCAUCAUGCUCACGCUGCUCAUCAUCUUCAUCAAUUACAUCAAAAUCUAACUGCCCACAUAACCGCAUCAACUGGACUUGGAUUUCAUCCUUCAACUGCAUCAGCAUUCAAAUCAAAAUUUAAUUCCUUCUCAAUUGAAAAUCUGCUCUCUAAUUGCAAUAAACAGAAUCAAUUAUCAUCAUCAUCAUCAUCAUCCACCACAUCAACAGGUAAUCAUGUUAACAAUUCAUCUAAAGGUGAUAAUGAAAUAUCAAUAACUCCAACAACAACACCAACCGUAGCAUCUUCAGGAUCUUCAUCAACAUUGGGUAAUAAUAACGGUAAACGUAAUUCAAGUGGAUUAACAUCAUCAUCAUCAUCUCGUCAUCAUCUUUAUCAUAAUAAUAAUAAUAAUAAUAACCGUCAUCAUCAUGGUCCGAGCUUGUUUAAAUCAUCAUCAUCAUCGGUAAAAUCAUCAAGAAAUCACCAUCAUCAUCAUCAUUUACAAUCACAUCGAGCAAUUUUAUCUGAUCAUGAAGAUGAGGAUGAUGAUGAUUCCUCUAAUGAUGUUAACUCUUUCAUGUCCUCAUCACCUCGACCUUCAAGCCCGGAAGUGGAUGAACAUGAUAUAGAUGAUAACACUGGACCCAUUGACCUUGGACCCUCAAAUCGAGGGUCAUCUCGUCAUCUACAGUCAACCAACAAUCACAAUAAUAGUAAUAAUAUUAAUCACCAUCAUCAUCAAAGUCCAAUCAUGUUAAUCCAAAUGAAUACCAAAGAUGAAGAUACAGAUGAUAAUUCAGAUGAUGAUGGUGAUGAUGAUGAGGGUGAUAAUCAUCAUCAUCGACCACUGCCCCACCCAAACAAUUGUAAAAAUAGUAUUAAUAGUAAUAAGGAUGCAAUGAGUGAAGAUGAUGAUGAAAUCGAUACUCCUAAAAAUAUGAUCAUCAUUGGAAACAAUUCAUCUAAAGAUGAUGAAGAAGAUAAACCGGAAGAGAAGGAUGAAAAUUCUCAGAUGAAAGAUAAAAUGGACAUUAGAAUAAAUUCGAAAAUUGGUUCAUCUUCUCAUCAUCAUUCAGGUGAUAAUAAUGAAGAUGAUGAAGAUGAUCAUGUUGAUACUCUUGAUUCAGAUUCUAAAAAGUUGAUAAACAUUCAGCUAAUUGAUAGAUCAGCUGAUGAUAAUUUAAUUAAUCAUCGAAAACAGAAAAGUAAAAAAAUGAAAGAUGAAAGAGCGAGUAAGAGUAAGAGAUUUGAAGAUGAUAAGAGACAUGAUGAUAAUGAUGAUAAGGUGGGGGAAGAGGUUGAUGAUAGUAGUGAUGAAAUGAGAGGAAUCAUUGAAAAUGAUCAAAGUGAUAUUGAAGUUGAUGGUAAUUAAACUAAUCAUAAUUUAAUAGUAACAAUUAAGCCCACCAAUUGAAUGAUUAAAACCACAAUCAUCAACAAUUAAUAUUUGUAUUUAUUUUUCAUCUUCCUUAUCAUCAUCAUCCUCAUCAUCCUCAUCAUCAUCUGCUCCUCUGUUUUAUUUACAACAAUCAACUAAUUGCUGACUAAUUAUAUAUACAAUCCAAUAAAUUAAUUUAAUCAUUUGUUUUAUGUAGAUUUUAUUUCCUCCUUUGUCCUUCAUUAAUUAACUGAUUAAAAAGAAAACUUGAAAAACAAAAAGAUAAUCACAAUUAACGAUUCAUCCUCUUAUUAUUACCAAAGAGAGUUGCAAUCAUCAUCAUCAUCCUCAUCAUUUCCGUUUCCGUUUCCGAUUUCUCCUUAUCCUUGAAACUUUAAUUACUAUUAUUAUUAUUAUUAUUGAUAUAUAAAUAUAUUAGUAGUAUUGAUAUCAUUGUAGAUUAAUAAAUUUUUCUUAAUAUAUAAUUAAAUUAACUUCACAAUCAA